AUGGAUGGAAGUCAAGUGAUAAUGACUGUCGAGGUAUCAGCUAACCCGCCUCCUGAAAUUAUCUGGCUGCACAAUGGGAAAGAAAUCCAGGAGACAGAAGAUUUCCACUUUGAGAAGAAAGGCAAUGAGUACAGUCUGUACAUCCAGGAAGUAUUUCCUGAAGACACAGGCAAAUACACCUGUGAAGCCUGGAAUGAAUUAGGAGAAACUCAAACCCAGGCUACAUUGACAGUGCAAGCCCUGAGUAUUUGGGAAAGCUGUCUAGGAGCCAGGUAUCCAGGCUUUAAUAUUAGCAUUGUAGUGGUAGCAGAACCUCAGGAUGGUAUUCAGCCCUGGUUCAUUAGCAAACCGAGAUCAGUGACAGCAGCUCCUGGGCAAAAUGUCCUUAUAUCCUGUGCCAUUGCUGGAGAUCCCUUCCCCACUGUUCACUGGUUUAAAGAUGGGCAAGAAAUAAUGCCGGGAACAGCAUGUGAAAUCCUGCAAAAUGAAGACAUCUUCACACUAAUCUUGAGGAAUGUCCAGUCUCGUCAUGCAGGGCAGUAUGAAAUUCAGCUCAGGAACCAAGUUGGAGAAUGCAGCUGCCAGGUGUCUCUGAUGCUGCGGGAGAGUUCAGCUUCCAGAGCAGAAAUGCUCAGAGAUGGGAGGGAAUCAGCCAGCUCUGGAGAGCGAAGAGAUGGUGGAGUUCAUGGUAAACUAACAUUUGGUAGAACAAGUGGCUUCAAAAAGAACGGCAGUGAAACCAGAGCAGCUGAGGAAGAACAGGAAGACGUCCGAGGUGUUCUGAAGAGGCGAGUGGAAACUCGGGAACACACAGAGGAGAGCCUGAGGCAGCAGGAAGCUGAGCAACUUGAUUUCCGUGACAUUUUAGGCAAGAAAGUCAGCACCAAAAGUUUUUCUGAGGAGGAACUGAAAGAAAUCCCAGCUGAGCAAAUGGACUUCCGAGCAAACCUGCAGCGGCAGGUCAAACCCAAGACCUUGUCAGAGGAGGAAAGGAAAGUUCAUGCUCCUCAGCAGGUGGACUUCCGCUCUGUGCUGGCCAAGAAAGGCACCCCAAAAACCCCAUUGCCAGAGAAGGUGCCACCUCCUAAACCAGCCAUUACAGAUUUCAGAUCUGUGCUAGGCUCAAAGAAAAAAACACCUGCAGAGAAUGGAAGCGCUAGCACCCCAGCACCAAAUGCCCGCACCAAUUCUGAAGCCCAGAAUGUGACUCCCAAUUCUCAAGCCCCUGUUGCCAAACCAACAGUGAAAAAAGAAGAGAAGAAUGACAGAAACUGUGAACAUGGGUGCGCAGUGGUGGAUGGCGGAAUAAUUGGGAAAAAAGCUGAAAACAAAGCCACUGCAAGCAAACCACCAGCAAGCAAAGGAACAGCACCCUCCUUUGCAGAGAAGCUUCAGGAUGCUCAAGUAGUAGAUGGUGAAAAAUUGGUCUUACAAUGUCGGAUUUCCUCUGAUCCCCCUGCAGCUGUCACCUGGACUCUAGACAGCAAAACUAUCAAAUCAUCAAAGUCCAUUGUCAUCUCCCGAGAAGGGACGCUGUGUUCACUUACCAUUGAGAAGGCCAUGCCUGAAGAUGGGGGCGAAUAUAAAUGCAUAGCUGAGAAUGCAGCAGGAAAAGCUGAAUGUGCUUGCAAAGUGCUGGUAGAAGAUGCCUCAUCCACAAAGACCUCAAAGCCUACUGAGAAGAAGACCAAGAAGCCUAAGACCACGCUUCCCCCUGUGCUGCCAACAGAGA